CGGGCUGGCAGCGGGGACCGCCCGCCGGAGCCGCGCCGAGCGGAGCGGAGCGGAGCGGGCUGCGCGCUGCCCUCCGCGCUGGAUGCUGCGGCGGCCGCCCGGGAGCAGCCGCGCUCCGCCGCCCCCCGCCCGCGCCGCCGGGGCCGCCCUCGCCGGGAGCAGCAGCGCUCGCCCGCGCUCCGCCGCCGGGGCCGGCGCGGAGCGGAGAUGGUGCCGCUGCUGCGGAGCGCCGGCGGCUCCCACCGGUGGCUGCCCGUCGUUUUCCUCGGCCUUUGCUGGUUCCUGCCUCCCGGGAGAUUGGCCGCGCCGGGCGGAGACUUCCCGGGCUCUGCCGUGGACAAUCUGGUGGUCAGGAAAGGGGACACGGCCGUGCUGAGGUGUUACCUGGAGGAUGGAGUCUCCAAAGGGGCCUGGCUGAACCGCUCCAGCAUCAUCUUCGCGGGCAGUGACAAGUGGUCCGUGGAUCCGCGCGUGUCCAUCGCCACGUCCAACCGCCGCGAGUACAGCCUGCAGAUCCAGGACGUGGACGUGACGGAUGACGGCCCCUACACCUGCUCUGUGCAGACCCAGCACACGCCCAGGACCAUGCAGGUGCACCUCACCGUGCAAGUCUCUCCCAAGAUAUUCCGGAUCUCCAGCGACAUCGUGGUGAACGAGGGCAGCAACGUCACCCUGGUGUGCCUGGCCACGGGGAAACCUGAGCCCUCCAUCUCCUGGAGACACAUCUCCCCCUCCGCCAAGCCCUUCGAGAGCGGGCAGUACCUGGACAUCUAUGGAAUUACCAGAGACCAGGCUGGGGAGUACGAGUGCAGUGCAGAAAACGACGUCUCAGUCCCAGACGUGAAGAAAGUAAAAGUCACAGUAAACUUUGUCCCCACAAUUCAGGAACUUAAAUCCAGCGGUGUGAUGCUUGGAGGGAACGGCCUGAUCCGGUGCGAAGGUGCAGGAGUGCCUGCCCCGGUCUUUGAGUGGUACAGAGGAGAGAGGAAACUGAUCAAUGGUCAACAAGGAAUCACUAUUAAAAAUUAUAGUACAAGAUCCCUUCUUACUGUUACCAAUGUGACAGAAGAGCACUUUGGCAACUAUACUUGUGUCGCUGCCAACAAGCUAGGGACGACCAAUGCCAGCCUGCCUCUCAACCCUCCCAGCACAGCCCAGUACGGCAUCACCGGGCACGCCGAGGUGCUCUUCUCCUGCUGGUCCCUGGUGCUGACGCUGUCCUCCCUCAGCAGCAUAUUCUACCUGAAGAACAUCCUUCUGCACUAAAUGUAAAGACCCAUAAAAGGCUUUUAAGGAUUCUCUGAAAGUGCUGAUGACUGGAUCCAAUCUGGUAGAGUUGGUUAAAAGCGGCGUGGGAUAUAAUCAGUGCUUACAUGGGGAUGAUCGCCUUCUGUAGAAUUGCUCAUUAUGUAAAUACUUUAAUUCGACUCCUUUUAUUUUGAUUAGCUGCAUUACCUUGUGGAGCAGUACACAUUGUCCUUUUUUAAGACGUGAGAACUCUGAAAUUACUUUUAGAGGAUAUUAAUUGUGAUUUCAUGUUUGUAAUCGACAAGUUUUCAGAAGCAUUCAGUCAUGGUCUGCUGAGUCGCAGACUGUAGUUUACAAAAAAGGAUAUUGCAGUAAAAAUGUGCUUCUUUAAGGCUGCAAUACAAACAUUCAGCUCCCUUCUCAACUAGCAUUCUAUCCAAACUUACACAAAAAACAUUUGUUCUUUUUUGAGUAAAAAAAAAAAUCAAAUAAUAUUGCCUUCAAAAUAUUUCUUCAAAAUACUACACAUAUCUAGAUUUUCUUCUAGCAUGAUAUUCAGGUUUCAAGAAUGAGCCUUGUACUAUAACUGCGUUGCGCAGUACUGCUUUUGUUCUCUUCCCUCUUUCCUGCCAAUUCAGCAUGGUUGUGCCUUCAUGAAACACGACUUUCCUCUUCCUCUCCAACAGUCUGGAAUGUGUUCUGGGAAAUGCUGGAGCAUCCUUUUGAGCAUAAGAGAUCUCUUGGUGGGACAGAGGUGCCCCGGGCUCCCGGGAAAGGCUCCUCUGCCCUGCAGGGAGCUGCUCCAGGGCAGGGCUCAGCUCAAGGCAGCACCAACUCCUCCCUGCCCCUCCCUCCACCACCCCUGAGCAGUAGGUGACCUCUGUAAAAACGACAUUUCCCACUAGCAAACAGAACUCCAGUGACUUUGUGGCACCUUUUGAAUGUCGGAAUGUUCCCCUAAAGCCAAAUCCCCACCUGGCUGUGAAUGUCAGGAUCGUCCCUUUUGUAUUGCUGGCAAAGCCGACGUGAAUUGGUAUUUUUCUUGCACUCAAUUUUGUACUGGUUUGGCUGAUUUAGCAAUGAUAAAGGAUGCUUUGAACCAUGAGACACCUGCAAAUCCCCGGAGUAUCAAUUUUCCAUCUCCACACAUCCCUGUGGCAGGGUGCUCCUGCUGAGGGCACGUGGCCGUGCCUGGGAGAGCCACCAGGGCAGGAGGGCUGGGGGAGCUGCCCCCUGGCCAGGGCUGUCCCUGCCAGCCCCCAGACCCUUCCUGUGGAGGGGACCCUGCUGGCACACCCUGGAGGAGCAGCCCAGAAAUCCUGUGUGAUGGUGCUGUGUCCUCCCCAGCCCUGCACGGCGCUGGGGUGACGUGCUGCUCACAGCACCCGUGCCACCUGAACUGCCACCUGUGCCACCCGCUGCCAGCCGUGGCCAGCAGCCCUUGGGCACCAUCCCCUGGUGGCCCCAAGAGCUCCUGACCUGCUCACCAACAGCUGGAAUAACAAAAUCCCUGCCACAGAAUCCAGGGCUGGGUUGGGCUGGGAGGGACCCCAGGGCCCAGCCCAUCCCACCCCUGCCAGGGCCAGGGCCAGGGCCAGGGACAGGGCCAGGGACAGGGCCAGGGCCAGGGCCAGGGACAGGGACAGGGACAGGGCCAGGGACACCUCCACUAGCCCAGGCUGCUGCCAGCCCCUCCAGCCUGGCCCUGGUGGGGCAGCACCACUUUCACUGUGAUCACUCCCAGGCUGUGUCUGAGCUCCAGCAGGGCACUGGAAUUUCCCAGCUCCCAGUUUUUCUGCCCUGGGAGCACUCGGCAGUCCCAAGAUCCCCUUUUUGCAGCAGGGAGGACUCGGAGCUCCCUGGGCUCAGUGUCCCAGGCCAGCGUGCAGCCAGGAGGUGUGGUGCCUCUGCUGUCCCUGCAGGGAAAACAGAGAUGCUCACGCCAAAAGAUGGCAAUAAAACACCCUGGGUCACUCUGCAUGUGGUCAGUGACAGACUGUAUUAUUUCUCUUAUUAUUUACAGCCGUGUGCCAAGCAGUUGCUGUGUUCAGAAACGUGGCAUUUUUUAAAACCUGGAAUAACAUGAACAAGCCCAUUCUGCCAGGAAAGGGUACAAAAUCACCUCAAAUGAGUUUAUCAGUCCUGAUAUCCCGAUCUCUCUUGUAUUGCAGCUUUAAAGUGCUCUAUUUUAGAAUCCAUUCACUAGAAACAGUGGUGCUGCAGGAAGUCUUGUGUCAGUGCAGUUUUAUGAAGGGAAAAAGGAGGCUAUGGAUAACCCAACCCACGUGUGUAAAACUGGGAGAGGGUUCUAUGCUGUGGCUGGAUCGAACCCUGCAUUCCAGUGAUACUCUGCAUUCCAGCGAUUCCUGAUAUUUGGAACCUGAUCUUUCCAGCAACAGGAUAGAAUGAGCAGCAGCUUGAUUAAACGUGGAAAAAGGAGUAUACAGUGACGUGUUGAACGUUUGCAUUCGCACCAGGGAGAGGCGCUGGGUGGCACGGGCGAGAGAUCCUGUCCCACAUUUGGUGUUCACUUGGGGGGGCACUGCUCCUGUCGAGCCCAGAAAGAAAGCCCCAAGGCCACAGGAGCAGCAGAGCCGGGAGCCGUGUCUGGGUGCCAGGGGUGUUUUUGAGGGGCAGGGUCGUGCUGGGCUGUGAGGGGCAGGGAGCUGAGGGGCUCUGGGGGUUUGGGCAGGGCUGCAGCACAGCACAGGGGCCGGGGCACACACCUGGGCCAGGUGAGCUGGGCUGGGCUCCGUGCUCCCAGGCAGGCUCCAGAGUGCCCACAGCACUGCCAGGGCUGCAGCUGGGAGGCUGCUGGGGCUGCCUGCAGCCCGUCCUUUGUGGGGCACUUGGGGCAGCGUUGGGAGGUUUGUGCUGUGCUUCCCUGGUCCUGCCUCUGUGGGUUCCCCCCUUCCCCACACCAAAAGAAAAGGUUUAGCUGAGGAUUUCCAGCAGGUGCUGCCCCGUUGGAGCCCCAGGCUGGGAGGGACUCCUGGUGCAGUGUCCAGGGCUGUGUCCCCACACGAGUGAGCGGUGACACUGCUGUCACACGGCUGCUGGCCCUGGAACCCAGCUGACACUCAGCUGAGGCGUCUCACAGCUCGGGAACAAACGCAGCUUCUCAAGGGUUUGUGUCUUGGCAGGAUCCUUCAGAGCCAGACAGCUUUUUUUAAACUUUUCAAUAGGUUUUUUUUAGAGUCAAUGCUGUUUUUAAGAUCCAGGAGUGUUAAACCCAUCCCAGUGACAGCUGCUUUUUUUGCACAUUUUCUGAGCAAGUGUUCAAAAUAGACAAUGGCAAAUGUUCUGCUACCAAAACCUCCACAGAGCCCACAGAACUGUGUUAUGAAGAAUGUGUAUACCAAAAUAUGUAUUUACAUGGAUAAAUAUGCCUUAAAGACUAAAUAUGCAUUUACUUCUAAGGCUGGAUCAGCCUCGUGCCCAGUCUGGAGGUAAAUAAUCCAUAUUUCACAGCUGCCAUGGAGGGGGUGUUUCUUUGGAGGAAAAAAAAAGAAAAGGGGAGGGUGGGGAAGCAUUUCUUUUAAAAGAAUCUUCAGUAGUUUUAAAAUCCUUGCAUGAUCUGCCACGUGUGAGGAGGAGUGGGGAGAGGAUGAAGUUGAGCCUGGCCCUCCAGCACCGGCAGUGCGGGGUCUGCUGUGGGGCUGGCAGGGCUGUGGUGCCACCAGAAACUGCCACAUCCUCUCCCACGUCCCCCACACACCCCAAUCCCUCUGAGCUGGGGCAGAGUGAGGGGCCUGGGUGCUUCCCAGUCCCACAGGGCUGUGGGAAUGGGGCCACCCACCCACAGCCUCCUGCACGCUGCAGCUGGCUACAAGGGUCCUGGGAAAUGAGGAAAUGCUGACAAAAAAAAAAGGGAAUUUAAAAAACAGGAAUUAAAAAUUAUCCAUUCUGCCUUAGUAGUAUUGAGAGCAGAGGAAUCCGUGCUGGCAGGGCAGGGCAGGGCAGGGAGGAGCUGGCUCUGGAUUUGGCCAAGGGGGAUGGGGUGGCACAGGGACCGUGGCCGCGCUGGGCUGGCUCCUGGUUGGUGUUCCUGCCCUGAGCUCCGAGGGCAGGGCAGGGAUUUGUUCUGCAGCCAGCAAAGUCCAUAAUCUACCUGGAAACAGGCAGGGCAAGGCAGUGGCACAGAGGUCUGGGGCUGAUGGGGAAGGGAUUCUCAGCAAAUCCUGCUCUCGGAGCUUUGUGUGAGCAAGGGCUUUACCGGGGCACCUUCAGCGCUGUUUGCUCUGGCUCCUGAUGCCUAAUUCAUGAAGAGCUCCAAGGCUCCUUUUUAUUAGAAAAUUCUCAUGUUAAAAAAUGCCGGGAUCAGCAUAUUUGCCACCUCUCAUAAGCUGAGUUCUCAGUCAUUCAUAUUUCAGGGCACACGGAGCGCUCCCGAUGAAAAUCCGCAUUGUGGGAUGGGGGGAGCAGUUCCCACCCGCCCCAGCAGCUCUGCCCUGGCUGGGAUGAGCUGGGAGAGGCCUCGGGGGCUCAGGGGGUGCAGAUCAGUCCCAGGUGCUGGCUCCAUCACCCCCACUGCCAGAGUUACCCCCAGGGUUUCUCCAAUUAUUUCCCAUCCCAGGGAAGGGACUGUGGCAGGCACCUUGGCUCCCUCCCUGCACAGACCUGGGCAGAGCAGGGCCUGGGCUGUCCCACAGGGAACUCAGAACCCCCAGGAGCAGCAGCGACAACCAGCCCAGCCCAAAGUGGCCCCACGUCCCCAGGCAGUGCCCCAGCCCAGCACGGGGACACAGAAGUGACCCCUCUGCAGCAGUCAGGACAGGGAGGGGACAGCAGAGUGCUGCUCCAGCCACAGGAGCUCCCCUUAUCAGCCAGUGCUGGAACACUCAUUAUCCCCAUCCUCUUCUUUCCCAGCUCACAGGCUGCCUGCAGUGAUGAUCUUUAUUGCAGGCAGUAUCCAGAGGGGGAAAUCUGUUCCCUCCUUUCAGGAUUUCUCAGCAAACCCAGCACAGCUGGCACACGACGCCCUGUGAUGUCUGUGCAGUACCAUCAGCUUGUCCCCCCGGCAGCCCCAUUAGAGCCAGAGGCUCCCAUUAAUCCCCACGACAGGCACUUAACUGUGAGCCCCGGGUGAGAACAGCCCUGCCGGCCGAGAUGGAGCAGCAGCAUCCUCAUUUUCUGGUGGGUGGCAUGGCAGGGCCAGCCUCCCCUCCCUCUGUUUUGUGGCAUUUUUAUAUAAACCAGCCUUUCCUCCUCGGAGGGGGUAGAUCUGGGUGGAGGGGCAGCCUUGGAGAGGUGCUCAGCGUCUGUGAUGUGUCCCUUCGGGUGGGGCCGGGCAGGAGCUGCUGCACCCCACGGAUGGGUCCUGGCAGGAAUCUGGGCUCUGCAGGAGGCAGCACGGUUCAUUAGGCUGGCAAAGCUUUCAAACCUUGAAGGAGCUGCUUUUCCUCCCCCGGUUUAGUGAGCUGCUGAAAGCGCUGAGUUGUUCUUCCACAGGAUUUCAAAUUCACUGCUCUUUCAUUAUCCUUGACCUUUUCACAUUUUUUACCAUAAGUGGGGAAAAAAAUUAACUUUGGAGUAAAUUACUGCAAAUCCCUCCCCAAAAACAUUUAAAACCAGAGCCUGGGAGGCUGGGACAGGGAAGCAAUGACUCUUGUUGCCACUGUUCUCUGUAUAAAGAGGAUUUAAUGUCUGCUUGCCAAGAAUUAUGGCUCCUAAAUCCCUGUGACUCGUUUAGAAAUGACUUUUAGCUGGACAGGUGCACAUACCCUCCCCUGCACUUGGUGUUACCAGGGGCAGAAAGACAAAGUGUGUGAUGGGACAGGGCACCUUCCUGUGUGCUGCCCCUGAAGCCUUGGUCCCUGUUUUUAUCCCUGCCUCUUCAUUCCCAGCUCUUGAUCUCUGUCUCUUGGUCCCCAUCUCUUGGUCCCCAUCUUGGUCCCCAUCUUGGUCCCCAUCUCUUGGUGCUCUUCUCUCCAUUCCCUUCUCUUGGUCCCUAUUUCUUGGUGCCCUUCUCUCCUUUCCCAUCUCCUGGUCCCCAUCUCUUGGUGCCCUUCUGUCCCCAGAAGGAGGAAGGGGAAGGCAGGGAGCAGGAGCAGGAGCAGGAGCAGGAGCAGGAGCAGGAGCAGGAGCAGGAGCAGAGCAGGAGCAGGAGGAGGCUGCAGCCCAGGCUGGGCUCCCACCCCAUUCCCUGGACCCUAAAAAAGGGAUCAGACCAAGACAACAGCAGAGGCCCCCCUGGUGCUCCAAGGGCUGAGCUCCCUCCUUCUUCCCUGGCUCCCAGCUCAGCCUGAACCGACCCAAGAGCUCUGGGAUGUUCUCUGGGCUCAGCCCAGCUUCCCUGGCCAGGCUGGACAGGGCUGAACUGAACUGCCACCCUCGGGAGUGGCUCUGGUGUCACACUGGGACAGGCUGGUGUCACAGAGAGUGGCUGAUGUCAGAGGAAAUGGCUGAUGUCACACAGAGUGGCUGAUGUCACAUGGAGGAGCUGAUGUCACACAGGGACAGCUGAUGUCCCAGGGAGUAGGAGAGGCUCCCGAGCUUGCCCAGUCCCUGCUGUCCUGGUGAGCCACACUCAGAGCAGCCCCCCCAUCUCCCUGCAGAGCCCAUGGUCAGGGUGCAUUUCAGAGUUCAUUUCAGCACUGAUCACCCCAGGCCCCUCUCCCAGGCCCCUCUCCCAGACCCCUCUCCCCAGGCCCCUCUCCCAGGCCCCUCUCCCCGCUCAGAGCAGGGCGCAGUGAGAGGCCCCCAGAGCGCUCCUGCCGCGGCGUUUCUCUCCUCGAGAUUGCAGAUCACACACUUAAUUCCUCAGGAAAACCGCAGCUGAGGGCUUUGCCCUUUGCUGGAGCACAGAACCAGCACUCCAGCAAAGGUUAAUGAGCACGGGCAGGGAGGGGACUGUUCACUGAGCACUCCUGAGAUGGGGUCCAGCACAGGCAGGGAUGCUCUGGCAGCAGCUGCUCCCCCAGGGCACCAGGACAGCUCCCAGGGAGAGCAGAAAGAGGAGAGGAGGAUUUCCCAGAGGAUGGAGGGAGCAGGGUUUCACUGCAGCCUGGGCUUUGUUCUCAGCUGAGACCCCACGGAGCACACGGGACCUUGCCCUGAGCGUUCCAAACGUGUUCAUUUCUCUGAGAACUGUGAUCCUGGACUCAGUUCCCUCUGCUCUUCCUCACCCAGCUGGUGCUGGAGCAGAGGAGUCCUUUUGCCAUGUGGGGAAGGUGCCAGGAUUGCUGCCAGGCCCUUCCCCUCCCGUUUGGCUCCUCAGCCCCUUUCACCAGGAUCUCCUCCACAAGGGCUGGUUUGGCCAGCCCAGGCAAAAAACAGCCCAGCCUUCCCCCCAUUCCAAAACUUCCUCCAUUUCUAAUCCCCUCCCACCCAAAAUCACGGCAUCACUGCUGUAAAUGGCAGAGCAGAUAGACACUGGGGAGACCUCAAAUGAAUGUCAAGAAUUAAGGCUGCUCCAAUUUAAUAAUCACUUUUUUGUGUUCGUUACCUCUGUCAUCAAAGGCACUUUACCUGGAUUUAAUGCUCAGCCCUCUGGAAAAACCUGGGAGUUCUGACAAGUGCUUUAAUAUUCCAAUAGACUACAAAUAUUUUGGAAAAUAGUUCUUUCCACAAGCUGAGGCAGAAAAGCAAAACCAAAGCACAGCCCACCAAAGCAGGUUCUGCUCAGUACCAGCAGCUUUUACCAUGGAAUCAUGGAAUGGUUUGGGCUGGAAAGGACCUUAAGGAUCAUCCAGUGGGGAUGGAGAGUGCCUCUGGAGGGGCUAUUCAUGGUUUAGGUAAAAAAACCCCACAGUAUGGAGUCAUUAGCAUUUGCUGAAUGUCAAGAGGCACCAGCUGAAAACAAAAUCCAGGCCUUGGAGGGAGCCAGGUCUGUGUGUAAUCAUCCCCUGGCCACCCAAAAUAUCGCUAGGGAGCAGCUCCCAGCUGAGGUUCCAGCACAGGGAUCACGGGCAGUGCAGGGAACAGCCAAGCACAGCUUUGCUCUGGGCAGGACCCGGCCUGGGGGGAGCUGGGCAGGUCCCUGGACCCACACCAUGGUCCUGCAAAGCCCUCCAAUUCCCAAAAUCCCUCAUUUUCUGCAAAUUCCAAUACUGGAGUUGGUGACUGAGGGGCAAAGAGAAACUUGCACCACAAAACAGCCUUAGGGAACACGCUGGGAUCAGCUCAGCUCCUGCCCUUCCCCUUCUCCACCAGGGCAUCUCCCUGCUCGUUCCCUCCAUGGGAUAAAUUCCUGGGAAUAACAGGGAUAACAUCCUGAUAUAGGGACUGUCCCGUGUCCCCUACAAACCCGUCCUUGGGGUCCCCGGCUCCCAGGGAAGGGGGGCUCUCCAGGGCCCAGCACCCCUCCCAGUCAAUUAGAGAUGCAAAUGCACUCAGCAAAGUGCUCCUGCAGAUGUUCUUAAUUAAAGCAGCCCACCCCGAGCCCACAUGAAGCAAUCACCCCCCAAAACGCCUUCCUGCUCUCAGAUGUUCCCAAUCACUGCUGCAGGAUCCUGCAGGAAUAUUAUUUUUGUAGGAGUAAACCAUUUGCUAAAUAGGCCACCUGUUAAAUAAACACUCCCACUCUCCAAAUAUUGUUAUUUUGUUUUCCAGCCUAUGCACAAUCUGGAUUUAUUUUAGAUGAAAAAAGAUAAUCACUAAAGCACAAAACCGCCCAAAAAACAGUAUUUUGACUAUUUGCAACUAUCCAUCUUGCGAGCACAUCUGCUCCUUUGCAAGCUGGCAGAGCUGUUGCACUCAAAGAGAUUCACAGCUCCUUAUUCAGCCGGGAGCUGAUGAAUUUCCAUCAGAGGCCUCGGCACUCUUCCCUUCUUUGUCACUUCUUCAAGCCUGAAUUGCUCCCGCUCCCCUUUCCUGAGCUGCCUCUUCCCACAGGGACAAUCCCGGAUCCAGGAGCAAAGUUCCGUGGGACAAAGGAGAGGUUUGCCUCCAGUUCUGCUGUAAAAUCUCAUUCCCUGAGCUUUCCAAGCCAGGCUCACCCUUAUCCCCCCGGAGCCUGCUGUGCAGGAGCACCCACAGCCCCUGGGGAGCAGCAGGGUGGCUCUGCAGGAGGGGCAUUCCCAGGAAAAGGGGCAUGGGAUGGAAUGGAAUGGAAUGGAAUGGAAUGGAAUGGAAUGGAAUGGAAUGGAAUGGAAUGGAAUGGGAGUGGGAUGGAAUGGAAUGGAAUGGAAUGGAAUGGAAUGGAAUGGAAUGGAAUGGAAUGGAAUGGAAUGGAAUGGAAUGGAAUGGAAUGGAGUGGGAUGGAAUGGAAUGGAGUGGAGUGGGGUAUUUCCCUGGAAGGGAUCUACAGCAGGAUUUAAACAGCACCCCUGCCCUCAGAGCUGACCCGCAGCCUCUUCCCCUUGGCAGUGAAUGGGGUGCCUCACAUGGACUCAUGGAUCAGGUGGGAAAUCCCUCUGAGAUUCCCAGUGCAGCCUUGGCCAGCCCUGCCCAGCCACCACUGCCCCGUGUCCCCAGUGCCACACGCACAGGGCUUUAAACCCCACAGGGGUGGGCACUCACCGCUGCCCUGUGCCAGCGCCUGACAUUUCCAUGAGACUUUUUCAAGGGCUUUUGUGCUUUUCGACUGUAAUGUAGAUUCUUAAAUAAUUCCACAAGUCCUGUGUUACUUGUUUCACUUCAAGUGCGGCUCCCAAAUUAAUGGUGUGUGUUAAUUGGGCAGCUAAUCCCCCUCCCAGAAGAAAAAAAAAACCUUAAAAAUUAUCAUAAUCCUUCUCAUUUUUGGUGCUGUGCUGCUAACGUGUUAAAGAUAUUUUAAUAAAUGAGAGGCCUUAAUUAGAGCAGAGUGAGCCCUACAGUGCCCUUUCACAUAAAAUACAGAUGUGUAGGAUGAGAGAAGGAAGAGUUGGCUCCUUUCAAGGCAGAGCCUUUCCUCAACCCUCCAUCUCAGCCUCUUCCAUACAGAAAUCCAGGAUUCCUUCCAUUCAAAGCACAGACUUUAAAUUCCUACACCCGUCUCAGGGCAGUAUUAAAUAUUAAAGUCAGAUAUUAAAAUUUCAAGGAACCUAAAUUAAACCGGAGGUACUCAAAAAUAAGUGUUGCUGAAUAUUUAAUGGCAAAGAUUUCGUAAUUAACUUUAGAAAUCUCUCACACCGAGACAGGGAGGAGGUGCCCAGUGAAAUGUGACCAUCCCAGUGACCUUCCAGGGGGCUGCAGCAGGUGCCCCCCUGAAAAAUCCAGGUUUCUUGGGCUCUGUGGAAUUCCUGUGGCUCCCUGAGGAAGCCUUGCCAGCCCUCCUCCUUCCCAAAAUCAAAACCAUCUAGUGGAAGAAUCACAGCCCAGGAUGGUAUAUCACACCCAGGAUGGUAUAUCACACCCAGCAGGGUAUAUCACACCCAGCAGGGUAUAUCACAGCCCAGGAUGGUAUAUCACACCCAGGAUGGUAUAUCACACCCAGUAUGGUAUAUCACACCCAGGAUGGUAUAUCACACCCAGCAGGGUAUAUCACAGCCCAGGAUGGUAUAUCACACCCAGCAUGGUAUAUCACACCCAGGAUGGUAUAUCACACCCAGCAGGGUAUAUCACAGCCCAGCAGGAUAUAUCACACCCAGCAGGGUAUAUCACAGCCCAGGAUGGUAUAUCACACCCAGCAUGGUAUAUCACACCCAGCAGCUGCCCCAGCUCAGCCCUGAUUUCCCCUCAGGCAGGUCCCAGACACUGAGCCCACAGCUGGCAAGCCCUGCUCCGCCUCCCCAGGUGAAGGGUUUAUUUCACACCCAGUUCCUCCCCCCUGCUCAGCCAGAUCCCAUGGCAGCUGUGGGUGGCUGUGGUGACAGUGAGUGCUGUGUGGGAGGCUCCUGCCACGUGCCCUGUCAGCUCUGGCACCUGGAAUCCAGCACCCACUGCCAGGGAAAUGACAAGGUAUUGCAGGAGCUCUUCUCCACCAGCAGGUUUGCAAAUGCAGGAGGAUAAAAAGGUGAUGUGGGUGAUGCUGGGGUAACCCAAGGGGCUGAGGGUAAGAACUUGUGUUUUUCUGGGGCACCUUGCUUGAUAUUGGCACUGGAAUGGUCUGGAUGGCCAAAGAUAUUCAGGAUAUCUGGAAUACAUUCAGGAUAUGCUGCCCAAAUAUGGUCCAGUGGCAUCAGCUGUGAGCGAAAUGUUCUUUUACAAAUGGGCUGUGCCUGGUGGAGCCAGAGCUGUGAGACACAUCUCACCCCAACCUGAGAGAAGAUUAGGGCAAGGGCAGAACAUGGAAUCAUCCCGGACUGCUUUGGGUUGGAAAGACCUUAAAUCCCCUGCAGGGACACCUCCCACCAAGCCAGGGUGCUCCAGCCUAGCCUUGGGCCCCGCAGGGAUCCAGGGGCAGCCCCAGCUGCUCUGGAAUCCCAUCCCACCCUGCCAGGGAGGGAUUUCUCCCCGGUUUCCCAUCCCAGCCCCUCCCGCACUGCAGACAGGGCUGGGGUGCUGCAGAGCCCCACAAUCCAAGCACAGCUCAUCUCUCAGAGCCUGCAGCUGCCGAUUCUCCCCCUGCCCUGGCAGAGUUUGGGAUUUUCCCUCCUGUUUUCCAUCGGGGAGCCGAGGUGGGGCUGGCACCUCACUGAGCACAAACCCCUGGUGCUGGGGCACCUUGCUGGGGUGAAUCCCUGCCUCACUGGGAGGGAUUCUGUGCCGAGCAGAGACUGGGCACACCUGGCUCAGAGCUCCCCACCCCGCAGCAUCCCUUCCCUGGCACACGGGGCAGCACCACCCCACCAACCUCGAGGAAUAAAUAAAUAACCCCCAAACAGCCAGCUCAGCACUGAGCAGCCAGCAACAAUAACACCUGAAUGGGGCAGCACAGAUGAGAGCCAAAAAUAGCCCAGAAAAUAAAAAUACUGGCAGACAAGUGAUGAAAGUGUGGUUUUGAGGUGAUUUAUCAGGAGUUAUGAGGCAGCGCUGGCUCUGUGCUGAGCUGGGAGCAGUGCAGUUGGAACAAACACAAUAAUCUCACUGUGCUAACAGCUCCCUCCAGCCCUGGAUGUCUCUCAGCUCCCUGGCUGCCAAGGGAGGGAUGCGAUCUGGAGGGGAGCUUUGGGUAAAAUCUUUAUCAGAUAAAGCAACGAGUGGGGCAGGGUGGGGAGGAGGCAGCUGCACCUCUGCAGGGCAGCACUGGGAAAGGGAGAAAGCAGGCAAAGGCAUUCUGGGGAACCAGGGGAGCCUCCGGGGAAAACUGCAGGUCAGGACAGGGAAAAUGGGCACUGUCUGCACAGCCGAGGGGAAAAAGAGCCAUUUCCCCCUUCUCUGUCCAGGCUGAUCCCUGCCUGGCACACCAAGGGCAGUCUGGAGCUCUCCAGGGAGGUGACAGUGGCCAGUGGCAGGGCCUGGCUCAGAGGUUUGAAAUAAAAUAAAAUAAAAAUUUAACCUCUGUCUCUGCCCACCAUCCAUUCCAAGGUGCUGCUGGAAUUCCACAGAUCACGCGGCCAGUGCCCAAACAAUUCAAUAUUCCAAAGCUGCUCCCUCUUCAUUUUAGAAUCCCAGGCUGGGCUGGGUUUGGAGGGACCCUAAAUCCCAGCCAGGGCUUUGCAGGGACCCUAAAUCCCACCAUCCCAGGUUGCUCCAAGCCCAUCCAGCCUGGCCUUGCCUCUGCUUGCACAGCACUCCACUCUCCCUGGGAGCCCCUCCUGGGCAGGGAAAUGGGAAAAUGGGGAAAUAGGGAAAUGGGGAAAUGGGAAAAUGGGGAAAUGAGAAAAUUUCCCCAGGGAAGGGAAAUGGGGAAAUAGGUAAAUAGGGAAAUGGGAAAAUGGGGAAAUGAGGAAAUCCCACCCAGCUGGGGCAGCCUGGCUGGCUGGGUGGGAUUCAGAGCCACAGCAGCACAGGAGCUGUGUCUGGAAUUGCUUCCCUCUCUCUGGAAUUGCUUCCCUCACUCUGGAGCUGGCUCCCUCACUCCGUGCCUGCUCCCUGCUGAUCUCCCACCCCUCAGGGCUCUGCAGCAGCUCAGCAGUUUUGCUCUGGCUCGGCCCCCCCGGGAUCCCCCCUUUGUGCCCAGAGCAAACCCACAAGCUGUGCCAAGGGUGACUGUUGUUAGCAGCGGACGGGGACAGAGGAUGACACAGCCCUCAGCAAUCCCUCUAGCAGCCUGGUGGCUGUGCCAAGGGAGAGGGGCUUUCCCAGGGGUCUGAUUUGCCCUUCCCUCCCCGGUGGGGCUGUCCCCUGGGACAUCAGCGCUGCUCCCAGCUCCCAGUCCUGCAUUCUGCAUCCCCCCAGCGACCACCCCAUCGCAUUGCCCUGGGAAAGCUAAACCAGGGCCCAUGCUGCAGGAGGCUGGUGAAGGAAAACCCACGUUUCCCAUCCACUUCCACCCCCUAAGUGCUGAAAAAGCCCUUUGGCAGAAGGCCAGCGUUCUUUUUCCUGCAGAAUGAAGGGCUGAGGUGAAUCCAGCCCAAAAGCAUCCUCACAGAAAGCAGACCUGCCAGGUUUGACACGUGUGCUCUGAGAAGCAGCCACCCACAGCCAUCAAAUGCUGUUAUUAAAAUAAACACAAAAUCAGAGAGGUUCAGCCCUCGCUGGUUUAAACAAAGCAAACCCUGCUGGGUUUGUGUAACAGCGAGGGAGGGCUGGCCCCGGCUGUUGACUUAUGAAUUUCCAUUUUCAUUCAUGGCAAACAUUGGCCUUCCCUUCUCAUUUCCUACAGAAAGGGAGGCAGAACCAUUAAAUGAAAUAUGGGAAAGAAUACAAUCAACCUGCAAAUGGAGGGGUUUGACUGGGGCCCACAGCAAAGAAAGCCAGGUAAUCCUAAACAAUUCCAGAAUGCUUCUAAAGUUGAGCCAGAGCCACACCAGUGAUCCAGGGAAAGCAAGGACAUGUGGAAUGUCAGUCCCAAAUAUAAAAAAAUCCAGAUAUGCUCCAGCCUCUGAGGAAUAUCCCACACACGCACCUUGACUGUAAAGAAAAUAAUUUUUAUUUAAUUUCUCAAACCUCAGCUUAGUUAAAUAAAUUUAUUCUGGUUUUAUUAAGGAUGGGGCUGAAGGAAACUCAGCCAUGAGAGCCAACCCUUAACGAGGGCAGGUCUGUGAGCUGAGGGGCAGCGAGAGCACAGACAGUGCUGGGUUUGUCCCAGACAAUCCCACAGCUCCAGGGGAAAGCACAGCCAGGUCCCAGCCCUGGGGGAGCACGGGCAGCUCCUCACAGCUGAAUUCUUGCCUGAAUUCAUAAUGAAUCCAAGAGUAAUCAUAAAGUCAUGGCAUGCUUUGGGCUGGGAGGGACCUCAAACCCACCCAGUUCCUCUUCCCUGCUCCUCCCACUGUCCCAGGUGCCCCAGCCCCAGCGUCCAGCCUGGCCCUGGGCCCUGCCAGGGAUGCAGGGCAGCCCCAGCUGCUCUGGAUAAUCAGCCUGGAAGUGCUUCUGUAAAAUGUGCAAUUCUCACAAUUCCAGAGCCAUCAUUUCAUCACAUUCCAGGCGAUGCCCACCGCCCUUCCCUGCCAAAAUCCCUCUUCCAGCCCAACAUCCAGCAUCUGUUUGGAAGGAUCCGACCCUCUAUUUGUCUCCUGGCUUGUUUACAGCUGACAGCAGCACAAGCCAAGUGAAUCCAAGGAAAUCAAAUGCCUGGCAGUGCCCUGGUCACCCCUGCACUGCUGCAGAAAUCUAUUCCCACAGCUGGGACCGCUCCAACUGCAUCAAAUUCCACUUAAACUCCAUCAGCCAGCGGCAGCCAUGCAGAAACACAUCCCCAAAGCUCCUGGCAGGGGUGGUGGAGCAGGGCCAGCUCCCACCAGGCUCCAGAGGCACCUGGGGUCGGGAAUUCCUCACCCACCCAGCCAGGGCUGGGAGCUCGAGCCGUGUGUGCCCAUCUCUGUCAGCCCGACAAUCCAGCGGGGGUUCCCAGGAUCCCAGGGAGCUGCAGAUCCAUCCAGGGAGGGAUUCAUCCUCAGCCCAGGGAGGGUCUGAUCCUCAUGCCAGGGAGGAUCUGAUCCUCAUUCCGGGGAAGGAUUGAUCCUCAUUCCCAGUGAGGGCUGUAUCCUCGUUCCCAGGGAGGGUCUGAUGUCAUUCCAGGGAAGAUCUGAUCCUCACUCCCAGUAAGAAUUUGAUCCUCCCUCAUUCCCAUUAAGGAUUUGAUCCUCACUCCAGUAAGGAUUUGAUCCUUCCUUGUUCCCAUUAAGGAUUUGAUCCUUCUUCCCAGUAAGGAUUUAAUCCUUCCUCAUCCCCAUUAAGGAAUUGGUCCUCAUUUCCAGUGAGGAUUUGAUCCUCCCUUGUUCCCAUUAAGGAUUUGAUCCUCCUUCCCAGUAAGGAUUUGAUCUUCCCUCGUUCCCAUUAAGGGUUUGAUGCUCAUUCCCAGUGAGGAUUUGAUCCUCGUUCCCAGUGAGGAUUUGGCUCCACGGGAGGAACCUGGGGGUGCAGAGCCCCUGAGCUGCCCUGAGGUCCCCGAGGGACCCCGAGCCCCAGAGAGGACAAAGCCAUUGAAGCCAGUAAGUGCACAAACCACGGGAGCUGUUGAGUCCCUUUUCCCUCUGUUUCUGUCCAGGAUUGUAUUUUAUUCCCAAGUCAGGUUCAGAUUGUACAUUGUGUUACAAUUAGCAAAUGAUAGUUAUAUAUAUAUAUAAAAAUAUAUAUUUUACUCUUUUUUAUUCAUUUCUAAGUAAAUCCCCUCGGGGUGCCAGGACACGGUGAGGAUUUUCAUUUUUCACAAGUGGUUUACAGUAACUAAUUAACUAAACUCAACGGAUGCCUUAUUCCUGAGGAUGGCAGGAGUUUUUGGAAGAGGAACAAGCCCGAAUUCCCAGGUCCUGGCAGGCAGGGAGGGUGUUUCUGUGGAAAGCCAGGGCAGCAGGAUGGAGCAGAGAGAGGAGCUGGGGUCUGAGAGGCGCCUUGGGACCCCCGGCUUGGGCUGGCAUUCCCAGAUCCCGAGCUGCCCGAGCCCUCCAAGCCCUCAGGGGUGGCUGGUGCCUUCUGGGGGUCCCUAGCCAAGGGAGAUCACUACAGGCCCAACGCUGCAGCACACAGAGUGUCUGUGUCCAUGUCCCUCCCUGCAAUUCCAUACAGAUCCUCUUUGAAAUGCACAGAGAUUUUUCCAAACCACUCGCUGACUCCCCCGUCCCCUCACUGCUGUUCCACGGGCAGGGAGGAAAAUCCCUUUCCCAGAAGCUUUUCCUUUGGUUAAGAGCAGAACUUCUCCUCUCCAGGGUUAAACCACGGUGACAUCUCCUUUUCCCGUUUCUUUACUUUCUUUAACCUGAGGUUGGCAGAGUCCCGAGUUCAUCCCAGGCUCCACUGCAGCCGUAGGGAUGAGUGCAUUUAUUGCUGCAUCUGUUCUGCAGGCUCAAUCCCAAAACCAUCCCGCGGCUCCUGCAGGGCUCCCACGGAGCUCCUGCUGACCCCGAGCUGUUCCCACCCCACUUUCAGCCUCCUGGGGUGUGUCCUGGCCUGAUCCAGGCACCCAGCAGCACGGCAGGGUGCCAAGCCUCCCGCUGCUUCCCGUGGAUCCAGAGCUCCACUGGGAUCGGGGCAGCUUUGGAAUGAUCCCCGUGGUGUUGUGCCCCAAACCCCCCCGGCACCAGGAACACCCGGGAGGGCUUUCCUGGCAGCUGAACCCCAGGAAGGGCUGCCAGGGCCGUGCUCACCCCUGCCCCAAAGGCCCUUCUUCUGACCCAAAAAUCCACUGACCCCGAAAAUCCACCGACCCUAAAAAUCCACUGAUCCCAAAAAUCCACUAAUCCCAAAAAUCCACUGACCCCGAAAAUCCACUGACCCUAAAAAUCCAGACUUCAAAAACCCACCAACCCCAAAAAUCCACCAGCCCCAAAAAUCCACUGAUCCCAAAAAUCUGUCAACCUCAAAAAUCCACUGACUUCAAAAAUCCACUGACUCUAAAAAUCCACUGAUCCCAAAAAUCCACUGAUCCUAAAAAUCCACCGACCCCAAAUAUCUACUGACUCCAAAAAUAUGUCAAUCCCAAAAAUCCACUGACUUCAAAAAUCCACUGCUCCUAAAAAUCUACUGGUCCUAAAAAUCCACCAACCCCAAAAAUCGACUGACCCCAAAAAUCCACUGACUCCAAAAAUCCAUCAACCCAAAAAUCUGCCAACCCCAAAAAUCUGCUGACCCCAAAAUUCUGCAGACCCCAGGAAUCCACUGAUCCCAGAAAUCCACCAACCCCAAAAAUCUGCCAACCCCAAAAAUCCACAGACCUCAGUGCCCCCCUGGCCCCAGAGCCCCCCUGACCCCAGUGCCCCCCUGACCCCAAACACCCCCUGGCCCCAGUGCCCCCCUGACCCCAAGCCCCCCCGGCCCCAGAGCCCCCCUGACCCCAAGCCCCCCCGGCCCCAGAGCCCCCCUGGCCCGAGCCCCCGGCGGGCAGAGGGGAGCAGGGCCCGGGGGCAGCAGCAGCAGCGCUCCCGCCCCAGCCCUGGAGCAGCCGUGUGUCUCGCUUCGUGUGCUCUUGUGUGGGGUGGAGAAGGUGGCCCUGUCGUGUUGUUCGUGAGCUGUUCUUCCCCAGAGAGGUGUCCCAUGUAAAAUACGUCAGUGCAAAGUGUAUAUUUUAUGUGAGAGGAAAAUACAUUUUAAUAAAGGUAAAGCUUUGUUUAGCUGUAAAAAAUGGCAACUGUUCAAGUGUACAGUAACUUCUUACUAAUGUAUGAAAAUCUGUGAUAUUUUUGAUUUGAUUGUAUUUGUAUUGCCCAAAUAAAACAUUUUGGCUGUAUUGUUCCUAA